AGGCGGUGGUCUAGGCCCUUCUCUAGGGCAGGCUAGUGCAGCUGUGCGGCCUCGGGGCCUCGGGGUAUUGCAGUGGCUGGUGGGUAGGUAGGGCAGAGGCUCCCAGAUGCUUUAAUCCUCUGCCCAUCCUUCUCCCCGGAAAAACAACACAGGCGGGCGAGGUCUCCUCCUCUCCCACUCGGUCCUGGAGAGUCCAAGGAUGAAACUGUGCUGAAAUUCUCUCUCUCUCAGUUUGGGGAGAAGCGCCCGAUUCUGAGGAAGAGGUCACCACGGGCCAUGCGUGAGGGGCGUCUGCCCGUCCCUAGGCCUCUCCCUCGCAUCUCUCCCAGGGCCGCGGCCGUGCCUGGCGGGUGCGAGCCGGGCGGCCGUGCGCCGGGGGUGCUCUUACAUAACCGCUCGCCGCGUCCUGCUUUCUCGCGCGCUCCGGCACCGCCGGCUGGCAGAGCCAGGGGACUAGAUGUAGCCCGCGCGGGCGCUGCGGGGCCGGGGCCGCCCCUGCGGGGAGAGGAGCGCGCGCGGCGGCGGGAGGAGGGCGCCAAAGGCGGCGGGGGAGGUGAAGGCUGGCCUGCCACUCCUCCUGCUAUGAUGCCUGGGCAGAUCCCAGACCCUUCCGUGACAGCGGGCUCUCUGCCAGGGCUCGGCCCUCUGACCGGACUCCCCAGCUCAGCCUUGACUGCAGAGGAGCUGAAAUACGCCGAUAUCCGCAACCUCGGGGCCAUGAUCGCACCCUUGCACUUCUUGGAGGUGAAGCUGGGCAAGAGGCCCCAGCCUGUGAAAAGUGAGCUAGAUGAGGAAGAGGAGCGAAGGAAAAGGCGCCGGGAGAAGAACAAAGUUGCAGCCGCCCGAUGCCGGAACAAGAAGAAGGAGCGCACAGAGUUUCUGCAGCGGGAAUCUGAGCGGCUGGAACUCAUGAACGCCGAGUUGAAGACCCAGAUUGAGGAGCUGAAGCAGGAGCGGCAGCAGCUGAUCCUGAUGCUGAACCGGCACCGCCCCACCUGCAUCGUCCGGACCGAUAGUGUCAAGACCCCCGAGUCGGAAGGCAACCCACUGCUGGAGCAGCUCGAGAAGAAGUGACCAUGGGCUGGGAGCAGGAAGCGGAGGAGGGGGAAGAGGAGAAGAGACAAAGAGGAGGGAAGGGGGACCUGUCCUCGGUGCAUGAAAAACUGUAGAAUAAGGUUCGGCCCCACCAGUGUCAGCUGGGCUUUUCUGUGAAACUCAGAUCAGCCACGCAAGGGAAGAGGGGGCUGAAGAAACCCAGAGGGACCAAGUGCUGAGACCAAAGUUGACCCACGGGUAGGGCUGUCCUGCCUGGGGCCCAGCUUGAAAGAGGCAGGACAGAGGUGCCUGGGCCCGAGAGACACCCAGCCAGGCAGCCUUGGGCACUUCUCCAGCCUCUCCACCAGGACACCCACCUGAGGGACCUCCCAGCAGCCAGGAAAAGCCAUGAGUUGCAACCAAAAUGCGGCUGAGGAUGGAACUCAAAAUGAAACUGCAAUCUGUCAGCCCUGACCCUGAUGCCAAGAUGCUGGAGAGGGGCGUGCUGGGGCCCCGACACCCUGCCCACCUCGGUCCACGCGGCCCCGCCCGGAGGCGGCAGCUGGGCGCACCCUGGCCGGCCCUGCUGGAGGCUGCCGUGGACACUGAGGCGCGGGCGCCCUUCCAAAGCACAUACUCACUGAAUGUUUACAGACUGGUGUCCUCGCAGGGCUCUCAACUGCACAUGUUUUUUAUACUUUCUUUUUUUUUUUUUUAAAUAUUUUUUACCAAAAAAAAGAUUUUAUACAAGCAAUAUAUAUAUGGAUUUCUAUAAUCACUCGAUGUGAUACAGUAUAAAUAUGCUAUGGUUUGUUUGUUAAGAACAGAUAUCCACCAGUUAUGGCCGUUGUGUGUAACUCCUAAGUACUGUAGUCUCUGGGUGUUGGGGUGGCUGGGGCGGGGGUGGGGGCGUUUCCAUCCUUGUAAACCCUUCAUAAUACUCAGUCCUGUAUCGCUCAGUAAACAAUGCUCUUACUUAC